AUGCGAUUUGGAACAUAUAAUAUUCAAUUAGGUAGUAAUUUUGAACAUGUUUAUAAUUUAAUAGAAAAUACUGAAACAAUCAAUCAACUUGAAGUUGAUCGUAUUGCUUUACAAGAAGUUGAUAAUUUUACAAUUCGUCAUCCAAUAGAUCAAACAUUAUAUAUUGUUCAAUACAAUAAAAUACAGACAUUUCAAUAUUUUCAUUUUGAAAAAAUGAGAAAUUUUCAAAAUGAUGGUUAUGGAAUAUCAAUAUUAUCAAAGCAAACAUUAAUAAAACGUUUAUUAACAUAUCAUUAUAAUAAUACAACAGCUGAACAAUAUACUAUUGAUUUGUCUAUCUAUUUUGGUACAACUCAUUUAGGUAUUGGUUUAAAUGGUUCACAACAAUUUAAUGAAGCUAAACAAAUAGUUCAAUGGAUGUCGGAUAAUAUAAUAGAUGCUAGUAAAAAUCCCUAUGUUAUUUUAAUGACAGGUGAUUAUAAUACAAUUCCAAGUGAAGAUGCAAUUAAAAAUAUUAAGCUUUCAUUAUUUGAUGAUCUAUGGAUUGUAAAUGAUAUUUGUCAAAAAAUCAUAGAUCCUUUAAAUAUUAAUGGUUAUACAUUUGAUUCAUUACAUCUAUCAAAACGAAUUGAUUAUAUAUUUAAGUUGAAAAGUCAAAACUUUACUGAGCAAAUAAAAUUCAAUUGUGAAAUUCAAGUUGUUUCAACAUUAUCAUCAAAUCAUAGACCAGUUGUGUUAAAUUUUGAUUUAUUGUAA